AUGUUAUGUAUGCCGCCAUAUUGUAUGUGGACACAGUGAUGAUUGUUGUUUGAUGUGUGCAAGUUUUUAUGUAUUAUUCUAAAUCUAUUUGACACGACGCACAAUUUUAUCGAUAAUAUGCGCGCAUUAUGUAUGCAUUCCGUCUUGUUCGUGUCGUAGACUUUGGGUGGUGCUUUAGAGAAUUACUAAGAUUGCAACCUAAAUUGACAUUUAAUAGCGAUUAAUGUUUUUAUUAGUGUGAGGUAUGGCGUGUCUGAAUAAUUUGAAACAAGAUAUUAAAACUUUAGAGAGCCUUUUCCCAAAAGGACACGAAAUGUUUCAAGUCACAGCUGCGUCAGUUGACGAAUUAACUUGUAGAUUUAUAAGUCGCAAUGGAAAAAAGUAUGAAAUUCACGCUAACCUGACAGAAACUUAUCCAUCUACACCUCCUGUGUGGUUUGCUGAAACUGAAGAUCCAUGUAUUACCAGUGCUGUCCAAAUUCUAACAAAUACCUCUGGAAGAGAUAAUCUGGUUCUCCAACAAGUAAAGCUUUUGCUUCGUGAACUUUGUAGGCUGCAUAAUCUUCAAGAACCUAUGGAGUUAAAUCAUUUACAAUCCACUGUUGUUGCUCCUGUUUCUAUAUCUGAAGAUGAGCUAGAAAGUAACUCUGAAGAUGAUGAAGAGACAGAAGAGGAUAUUCACAUUGAAAUGGAAGAAGAUACUAGUCCUGAAAAAGGUAAAGACGAAGGGAUCAGCAGUGAACACACAGCCACUCUUGAGAGGCUACGCCAAAACCAACGCCAGGACUACCUCAGGGGAUCUGUUUCUGGAUCUGUACAAGCAACAGAUCGUUUAAUGAAAGAACUACGGGAAGUCUAUCGUUCGGAAAGUUUUAAGAAAGGUGUAUUCACAGUGGAGCUUGUGAAUGACAGCCUUUAUGAAUGGAAUGUAAAACUACUAAAGGUGGACCCAGAUAGCCCUCUUCAUAAUGAUUUAACAUUAUUGAAAGACAAAGAAGGGAAAGAUUGCAUUUUGUUAAAUAUGCUAUUCAAGGAAUCAUAUCCCUUUGAACCUCCUUUUAUUCGAGUUGUCCACCCAAUGAUAACUGGAGGUUAUGUCCUUGGAGGUGGUGCUAUUUGUAUGGAAUUGCUCACUAAACAGGGUUGGAGUAGUGCCUACACUGUCGAAGCUAUUAUUCUUCAAAUUGCUGCAACUUUGGUUAAGGGCAAAGCUCGUAUUCAAUUUGGUGGAAAUAAGAGUCAGUACAGUUUAGCGAGAGCACAGCAAUCCUUUAAAUCUUUAGUACAAAUCCAUGAAAAGAAUGGUUGGUUUACUCCUCCAAAAGAAGAUGGUUGAAAUCGGAUGAUUGCAUAUGAUUUAGGACUUUUUUUGUAACAUGCAACUUUAGCAUUAGUCCUUCUGUUUGACAUCUUUUUUAAUAUCGAGGACUGUUGAGUGCUUAUCCUAACAAGAUAUUGUCAUCUCCAUCUGUCAUGAUAAGCAAACUCUGAUGCUCUGACUGUAGUUUGCAAUAAUGUGGUACUAAGUAGAAGAGAUGAACAUUUUUUUCUAAGAAAUACAUAGAUGAAGCAAAAAAAGCCAGUAUGAAAAAUUCCUGUUUUGCCACUAAAUUGUCUCCUUUUUAUUUUAUUUUCUUGUUGUAAUAUGCCAAUUAACUGUGGUUAAAUGCACUCUUAACUUUUUCUUUUCCUUGUUUGUGAAUGAAUAUCAGUAUCGUUAUAAAAUUUCCCCCUCUUGUUUUGUAUGUAAAUUUCCUCAAUGAAAAGAAGUAGAUCGUUCAAAGAGAAUGUGGUAUAUAAUUUUGAGCGAUCUAUGUACACUUAAGAUAUAUACUAAUUGUAUAUU